AUGUCUCAAGAAAAUUCGAAAAAAGUCAUUAUCAUUGGCUGUGGCAUUGCAGGUCCAGUGAUUGCAAUUCUACUCCAGAAGAAAGGAUAUACUCCGAUUGUCGUGGAAAAAGUUAAAGUAUUGGGAGAUGCGGGGGGAUCUCUGUUUCUACAGCCCAACGGUCUCAAAGUACUCAACUUGGUCGGUCUUGCUACGACAGUAACUGAUAAUGCGCCAUGGGGAGAAUACUCCUGGGAUAAAACUCAUACCGGUGAAGUUCUUGGGGGCGGCAAUUUGCUCAAAUCGCUGAAGGAGACAUAUGGUCAGCCGGCUUGUGGAACUAAAAGAAGCACGUUCAAUCUAGCUCUUGAAAAGGCCGUCGUGGAUGCGGGUAUCGAGUUUCACUCGGGAUGGAAACUGGCCAAGAUUGAAGAGAGUGAGACCAGCGUGGUAGCAAUUUCAGAAGCUGGUGAGAGGAUUGAAGGGUUGUUUCUCAUUGGGUGUGAUGGUAUUAAAGCUGCCUCGAGAGAGAUAUUGCUUAAACGCAAAGGAUAUAAUGAGCCCGAAGCUACAUAUACGGGAUUGAUUCAGACCAAUGGAUUUUCUCCCACGCCACCAUCUCUCCAAAAUACUCUCCUGAAUGUCUUCGGUCCCUCCGCUCAUUUGAUCCAGUACCCCAUCUCUCCGACUCACUCGUCGUGGGCAUUUACACAGCGACAAAGUGAAGAAGAAAAAGAAACAUGGCGUCUGUCAACACCCGAAGAGCUUGAGAAUCGAAGAGCAGAGCUCCUAAGUCAGUUCGAAGACUGGGCUGAGCCAAUUCCAGAACUGAUCAAAACUGCGGAAAGAUUACUUAAAUAUGGAAUCUUCGAUCGACCAGGCUUGGAGGCCGAACAAUGGUAUGAUGGAAGAUGUGUUCUCAUUGGUGAUGCUGCACAUCCCACAAGUCCCCAUUUAGGUCAAGGUGCUAAUCAAGCUAUGGAGGAUUGCUACCAUCUCCAACGGCUCAUCCCCGACGCCGGCAGCGAUCUCUCAACAGAAGCCUUAACGAAGAUUUUCGCCGAAUUCACAGGAAUUCGACAACCCAAAACAGCCUUGUUAGUAGCGGGUGCUCGAGCACAAGGAGAACGAAGAGUUGUGACACCGGAGACGAUGGAGGAGAGAAAUGAGUACAUGAGACAGAUGUGGAAGAAUCCUGAGAUCUUUUAUAAGGCUUAUGCUGAGAUGCUGAAAGGGCCAUUUGAUGCGAUGGCUUGA